AUGCGUCGCACCCGUACCAGCAAUACGAACCACCAAAACUUGACUCUAGAGGCUGAUCAGCCUGCUGAACCUCCUCUUCUACCAGUAGAGCAAAUUUUAGACGACCAGUGCGCUUCUAUUCCACCUUACAAAUUCAAUCCACUCAUGCAAACUUUUCUUCUCCUCCAACUUCCUUCGAACAGAGAUUCCAGAGAAACCAAUGAAGUCGAGGUCGAUAUCGGCGUACCGCCUAUGGCCUUCUUAUCCGACGACGGAGUCUCUCAAGGCGAAGUAUAUCGACAUGUCCUACAAUUCCGCAGAGACAGAGAUGAAGCUCAGUUCCACCAUGCGCCGGUCAAAAGGAUUCGACUGUCUGAACUCAAGAGCAUCUACAACUCCGGCAACGUCAAUCGCCAGCUCGCAUUAAUACAGAGCCGUCACCGAGUCGAUCUCGAUGAUAGGUACACUCUAGCGGCCACCGAUAGCAACGUUGCUCUUAACGCUAGCAACGGGACUCUGGACUUUCUUCUUUGUGUCCCUCGAGACCCAAGUCUUGAAGCGCUACUGCCUAACACUAAUUGCGACUUAUCUUUCACCUGGAAGCUGGUUGCAAACUGCUGGCACCGUAAAUUCAAGGCGAAGCAUGCACGACUCGGGUACAACGCCGAAGGCUCUCUGCUAUAUCUCGGUACGGCUAGAGAUGAUGAUGUGUGGCUUGCGCUUGCACCCAAGCAGUUCUUCCUCGACGAGGAUAACUUCGAAUACGCAGCACCUGGUACAAUAUCCGGCGACCCUCGUUUGUCAUUUGCCAACUACUGUCGAACAGUCGUCUUCCUCGCGUUUAUAAUGCACAAGCACGGCGUCUCCGACGUUACCGUUGAGCCUAGCGAUACAUGGAACGCCAACCUAUCGACUAUGAAUGAUUUAUCUGGGAUAACAAACCUUGUGUAA